AUGCUCUCGCGAGCGGCCACCCCGCGGCGUGCGGCUCUCACAAUCCUUGCAGCCCAGCGACUAUCGGUCCGGCAGGUCCCCUCAUCGGCAAGACAACUUUCGCUUCUGCCAUGGCGAAAGAAGAAGGACCCGUCGCUGCCUGUAUACUUCCCGAAGCCGGCCAGCACGGUGCGACGAUCGCCAUGGAAGAAACUUCGAUAUGCCGUCAUCACUGCUGCCGUCUACUACUUCCUCUUCCAAGUCUACAUGAGCGUGGUCCUUGAUCCGCUGUUCGACUGGGCCGAAACGGAAUGGGAAAACCUGUCUGAGAAGGAGAAGAUGGAGAUGGAGCAAGAGGAGGACGAGGAGGACCCGGAGCCGUUGCUGUUCCUACCCUUUCCCUUCACGACCAAAAAGGUCAAACAGCCGCCAUACAGAGGAUCCGACCCGGAGUGGGUAGGAUUCCUGAAGAUUAGCAAGGAUCCAGCGAUGCAAAAAACGAUUAAAGGACAACUGGCGGACAUAGUUCGCCAAGCUCUUGAACGGCACCCGUCCAUCAUCACCACGAUGGGUGGGAAAAACAUCCGCAUUAAGAGGUCAUGGCUUGAUAUUCUGUAUCCUCCGGCUCCCCCGCCAAAGCACUACGUUUCAGGGUUGAUAGUAGAUUGGGACGGCCUGUUUUGGGGGGAUCGUCCAAUCGAUACCUCUGCCGCACUGCAACUUGAUGCCAUCAUGUACCCCAAAGCUGUCGCAAUGUCGGCUUGGUCAUUUUGGAACGUCUUGUUCCAGCGUACCAAGAUGGAUAUCUCCAAAGCGCUGGGCCUCGAGACUGAGCCUCCAGCGCCGACCUGGCAGUCUGUGAUGCUGGAGAGAAGCAGAGAGGCAGAGAAAAGCAAGGGCAACCCCUCCUUUCCUGGCCCUGACUCUCGCCCAACUCAUGUCACCCCCCCUUCACAGCCACCCCCCAACGGGAAGGCGGCUCAAGACAACUCGUCCCAGUUCCCCGUCGACUUCGCAGGUCUUUUCCGGAAGCCCGAAGGCGAGGUACGGCUCUCUCCAAGUCUCCAGCACGCGCUACACGCUGCGUCUCUCACGCUGGCCAAACACCGGAAGCCCAUACAGCCACAACCUACCCGUGGCUGUGUCCGAGUCGACGGCCUAGUUGAGCUGUUGGGCCCCUCGGCCGUGAUGACGGUCGCCGUCGUCGGGUGGUUCGAUCCGCAACAGAAAAGGUUCGUCUCCACCAGUACGGAGGUGAAGCACGUCGUCAGGCUUAAGCAGCGGCCGCUUGGAGGCCCCUGA